UUAAUGAAAACGCUUCGACAGCAGGAAACUUAACACUUGCGCCACGCUGUUACCCGCAGUUUCACACCAUCGGCGCCCCGACAGGAGCCGCUUCACAAUCACUUCGAGACAGAAGGGUUAUUGUGCAGCGCGCCUGGCAGGGGUGAGGGGUUCACAGCAAUCAUUUACUUCGCAAUUCUGCGUUAAAGCUGAUAAUUGUGUGGAAAACAGCCUCCUUCCCACGCGACAAACAAUCAGACUUUCAAACGAGGAAUUGUAUUGGAGGGAUGUGAUGGUUAACUCGGAUUCUCUGUUUACGCACAGUACACGUCGCUCUAGACAGAGUAUCAAUAUUUCACUAAAUAAAUAAGUCACUGUGAUAUUCGCAUUACAACUUGGUAUUAUUAUUAUAUCAACUUAUUUACAGAAUUCUCUUGUAGGAUCGUCUGGAAAGAACGUGCAAUUUUUUAGUACUGAGCUUGUUUCAGUUUUAGCCUUAGCUUGUAUUCUUUGCUUCUUUGUAAGUCGUGGUGUCUCCGAGCGAGUGCACGCUAUUCGUGUGUUUUAUUGUGGGAAAUAGUCGGAAUACCGCCGGCGGGUGGUUAUUUGCGACAGCACUGCAUGAAGUUUUUGAAAACGGAGUAGCUCUUAACUGCUGCAAUUCAAGAAAGGAACUGAUUACGAGUUGAACAUCUUGGCCAGAACAAAGUGAAGUUCAGUCCACACAGCCCUCAGUCCAGACACCGCUCUCAGAAUGAAGCUGCUUCUCCUCCUCGCCCUGGUUGCAUUCCUGGAGGCCAGGCCACAGCGACCAGCAGACAGCAAAUGCAAGACGGGGCCUAUCGACUUGGUGUUCAUCAUCGACAGCUCGCGCAGCGUGCGGCCCUUUGAAUUCGAGACCAUGCGCAAAUUCAUGAUUGACAUCAUCCACACGCUGGACGUGGGCGCCAAUGCCACCAGAGUGGGCGUGGUGCAGUACUCCAGCCAGGUGCAGAACGUCUUCUCGCUCAAGAGCUUCACGCGCAAGGCCGACAUGGUGAAGGCCAUCAACGAGAUCAUCCCACUGGCGCAGGGCACCAUGACGGGGCUGGCCAUCCAGUAUGCCAUGAGCGUCGCGUUCUCGCCUGAGGAGGGGGCACGGCGCGGCGUCCCCAGCGUGGCGGUGAUCGUGACAGACGGGCGACCACAGGACCGGGUGGCAGAAGUGGCCGCCCAGGCGCGAGACCGAAAGAUCGAGAUCUAUGCUGUGGGAGUGGCCAGAGCUGACAUGACGUCUCUGCGCGCCAUGGCCUCCCCGCCUCUGAAGGACCAUGUCUUCCUGGUGGAGUCCUUCGACCUCAUCCACCAGUUUGGCCUGCAGUUCCAGGACAAGCUCUGCGGUGUGGAUUUGUGCACCGAGAUGGACCACGGCUGUCAGCACAUCUGUGUGAGCUCUCCUGGGUCGUACCACUGUGAAUGCCGUGCAGGGUAUACCCUGAAUACUGACAGCAAGACCUGCUCAGCCAUCGACCUGUGUGCAGGGGGCAAGCACAGCUGUGAGCAGAUCUGCGUCAGCUCUCCAGGGUCCUACACCUGCCGCUGCCGGGCUGGCUUCUACCUGAACCAGGACAAGAUGACGUGCACAAUGAUCGACUACUGUUCGUUUGGAAAUCACAGCUGUCAGCAUGAGUGUGUCAGUGUCCUGAACGGCUACUUUUGUCGCUGUAAUGAAGGAUACACACUCCUGGAUGAUGGGAAGACCUGCCAGUUGGAGGACCUGUGUAACACCGUGGAGCACGGCUGUGAGCACCGCUGCGUCAGCGCCCCCGGCUCCUACCACUGUGUCUGCCCUGAGGGCCAGCUGCUGCAGGAGGAUGGGAAAAGCUGCAGCACCUGCAGGAGCGCCAAUAUCGACCUGGUGAUGGUCAUCGAUGGCUCGAAGAGCGUGCGCCCACAGAACUUCGAGCUGGUGAAGCAGUUUGUGAACCAGGUUGUGGAUUCUCUGGACGUCUCGGCCCACGGCACACGGGUGGGGCUGGUCCAGUACUCAAGCCGAGUGCGUACCGAGUUUCCACUCAGCCAGUACAAGAGUGCUGAGGACAUCAAGAAUGCCGUGCUGAAGGUAGAGUACAUGGAGAAGGGCACUAUGACCGGGCUGGCACUCAAACACCUGGUGGAGAACAGCUUCUCUGAAGCCGAGGGUGCUCGUCCACCCAGCAAGGGCAUCCCCAGAGUCGGCCUGGUGUUCACCGAUGGGCGAUCCCAGGAUGACAUCACUGAGUGGGCUAAGAAGGCCAAGGAUGCUGGCAUCACCAUGUACGCGGUGGGGGUGGGCAAAGCAUUGGAGGAGGAGCUGAGGGAAAUUGCCUCCGAGCCGGUGGACAAGCACUUCUUCUACACCACUGACUUCACUGCCAUCAACCAGAUCGCGGAGAACCUCAAACUCAACAUCUGCGCAGAGGAGAGCCAGGGCGAGAUUGAGGUGAAGGACCCAUGUGCCUGCGAGAGCUUGGUGGAGUUCCAGCAAAGCACCUUGAGCACCCUGGAGCAGCUGACACAGAAACUGGCAGGGAUGACGGCCCGGCUGGAAGAUCUGGAGAACCAGCUGCUGUCCAGGAAGUGAGGUGCAGAUCUUCUGUUGAAGGGGGCUCCUGUCACUCAACUCUGUACUCUCUGUAUUAAGGGUUCUCUGUGACCACAACCUGCUUGUAUAACAGAAACACUAACAUCAUUCAGAACACACUGGGACCUGGCUCACAGUAGGAUCUUCACCUCACACACUGUCCAGACUAUGAAGGUGAUGAGCCAGGCUUGGGUUUCCAUUGUAAAUGCUGAUAAAUCCCACAAUCAGGCCGCUCAAGAUUCAUCUGUUGCUUUAAUUGUUGAUCAUCCUGCUGAAUACAAUUUCUCUCUCUCUAGUUUUUUUCAUAAAACCUUACCCCCCUCACUACAUUGAAAAAAUAACCCUUUAUCUUUCUUUUUUACAGUAAAAGAGCAAGAAACAGGCACUACUGUAUAUCAGCUCUAAUAUCUCUUAGUGGGCAGCAGAGCCAAAAUCUUAUCAUCAUGGGUUUUUAUUUUAUGUCUUUUAAUGUAAAAGAAGUUAUAUUUGCUUCUUGAUAUAAUUAUUAAAAAAGGAAACUGGUAUCUAUGUUUCUAAAUGAUAUAUUAAAUAUAUUUACAAAAUAACUCAGUUAAUCAGUUAAUACAAGUAUUUCAUACUGUCAUUUAAACUUUGCUGACACAGUUGUUUAUAUAAAAGAAAAAAUAUUUAUUGAAUAACAAAAGGUAAAUGCAAUAUUGAGUCUGUUUUAAAUAACAACUGUAAAUAUUUUUUUCUGUAAUGAAAACUGAAGGAGGGAUAAGUAGAGACAACACACAGCACAUCCCGAACAUGCACUGCAAAUGGAAUGGGUUUCCCUGUCUGUAAAGCCAGUCUGGGGUCAUAUCCCUGAUUUCAGGUGACAAUACUCCAAGGAUAUGAAUUCUUCAAACACCAUCUUAUCUGGUAGGAUACCAGAAGGCUUUACAGUAUCUUUAUCUCAAAGGAAUUGAAUAGUUAAUGAAUUAUCCAUUUUGUUAAUUCAGGUGGUAGUAGUCAACCCAGUAUUUGCAGUGCUGUGAAGAGAGGAAGUCUCACAGGUAAAGACUGGACUGUAACAGUCUAUUACGCCGCCAGUGUACAUUCCUUUCCACGUGAACACCUCUCUUGCUGGGUGUGGAAAGCUAUGUAGCCACAGCACUCUGAAGAACAGAGUCUUCCCUGCUCACCACAGAAUGCGCAGGGUCUGCGCUCAGCCACUCCAGUGAGAACUGCUGAGUUCUCGGUGAUGAUGGGCAGGAACGAUAAGCACAUUUUUGUAAUCAUACAGGGUAAUUCAGCUAAAGACUUAUGUAAGAGAAAUGCUCAUGUAGUGUGCUUACCUUAUAUAAUGUUAAUCAAUGUCAAAAAGUAUAGAAGACACAAAGCUGUUUCUUUGAAAGUGUCAUUCAUACAUUGCAAUCUAGGAGAGAUGGUUUAGCUUGGGUAGCUUUCACAUUACUUUCAACAUCUCCAGCUUUAGAAAUAAUGAUCAUUCCAAAGUGAAACCCUGGGGUUUUUUUAAUAGCCAGUGUGGAAGAAUGUCAUCAUAUGUUUCAAAAAUACAACAAAAAAACACUGUAGCUCAUAUCAUACUGUAGUAUCAUCCCUUCUCUUCUCGAAGUUUCCGCAUGACAGAAAGCUUUCUAUGUUAAUUGUUGCACAUAUCCCAACAUAGACCAAGGAUGCAUUCAAAAUUUAAAUUCAAUUGUUUUUUAAAAUAUAUUUUUACAUACGAUCUGUUCCAGAACAUCACAACGACAAUCUUGCUGAUUAAGAAAGGAAUGUCCUGCUGUUAUCCUGCAUUCACUGCUUUUGUCUGGUGUUACUGUGAGGUGAUAGGAAGGCCACAAACUGAAUUAAUCCUGUGAAUGAGAUUAUAGGCCAGAUGUUCAAUCUUAUGUUCAAUAUUAGAAGAGUCAUCCUCUAUAAACCAGAUUUUUAUAUUUCCAUAUAAAAGAGGGAAAUAUAAAAGCUCCAUUAAAAUUCUGCUCUUGCUGGAUUUCUGUACUAAUAUUUCUUUGCUCCUGUGUUGUAUUUUAAAUAAAGAAAAUUCUACUUUUCUGCAGAUGUUUCUGCAGAUAUUUGUGAAAAUUUGUGAACUCAGACUACCAUAUUAUUUAAUAUGUAACUCUAUAUACUGUUUUUAUCUGUAUAUUUCCUAACAAUCAUUUUUGUAAUAAAAUAAUUAAAAAAAUAAAUCCGUAUUAUUGCAGACAGUAAUAAAAAAUUUUACUUUUUGGUUUCCAAAAUAAAAUAUCAAUAUUGAAUUUAAUCAUCGCAAUUGCAAACUGAUGCUUUUUAUGCAUGUUUAUGCAAACUUGUUCAUGCAAAGGGAGUUUUCUGAGAUACAACCUAAGCAGGAGACACAGCUCUUUAACUACCAGUCAGAGGUCAACAGUGCAGCCCAGGCUGUGCAGAGCUGGCGAAGAGGCCUGUCAGAAAGAUUGCUAAUUGUUCUUGCACAGAGUUGUGCUUUUCUCAGGUGAGCCCCAUUCUCUUCCCAUUAGCAUGCUUAAUAAGUCCCUUGAAUGCCAAUUGUUCCCUUAAAAACAAGUGCCAUGUCACUCCUGACCUUUGUCAGUUGUGGCUAAUGAGGACUGAUGGGGACGAGGAGCCGGUUUCCAUUAAUGAUGUCUUUGGUGCCUUCCUGACAGGAUUCUACAGAGAGGCUGAAAUGUCAUAGAAUCCCCCAAGCCUUGUCAGUGAGACGGUAAUUAGCCUCACAUUACACUAAUACAACUGCAGCAAAACAGAGACCAGAACCUCCCUGUGUAAAAACAAACCUGAGAUGUAAAAAUUUAUGAAAGUGUUCUCAAUAGAAAUUUUGAGAACUCCUCUUUCAAUAUUCUGUAGGCUUUAUUC